AUGAAGGUCUACAAAGACUUAUAUUCUGAAGAUGAGGUCUGCUCAGAUGCCUACGAUCAUUUAGAUCCUUUUGAGAAUUCCGAACUUGCAUCAGUUGCUUUCGAGGUUAAAACUUCAAAGGUUGCAAAGGGAGAGGAGGACUAUGGGAUCGGCUACAACGAUGAGGAAGGGGGCGACGGCGGUCAGCCAGACCCCAAUGUCGAGAUGGUUGUCGACAUUGUCGAUAAAUUUGGUCUACAAUCACUCCAGCUGACCAAGAAGGAUUACACCUCGUACAUUAAGAAGUACAUCCAGAGGUUGGCUGCAACACUGCAAGAAAAAAACCCUGAUCGUGUCGAUACCUUCAAAACAGGUGUUUCUGAGUUUGUUAAGUACGUUCUCGCCCAUUUCGACGAUUUCGAGUUUUAUGUUGGAGAAUCUUUGGAUUACGAGGCCGGUUUGGUCUACGCAUACUACAAGGGCGAAGAAGUUUCUCCUAGACUUGUUUUCCUCAAGGAUGGCUUGACGGAAGAACGCUACUAA